AUCAUCGUGCUGUGCGGCCUUUGUGGCGCGUAUACCUCCUAUACCUUGGGCUGGACCAUCUUUCGAUUGCAGGCAGCUGUUGGCGAGCAGAGCUUAGAGUCGAGUCCCUCUGGGUCGGACACGGACGGCUCUUCCACUGCAACUUCGAAUGAUUGGGUUCAGGAGCGCUUCCAAAGCUAUGAGGACGUCUCGGCGCAGGCCUUAGGCAUCUCCGGCCGCAUCCUGGCGCUCGUCCUGCAGGCCUUGAUGCUGAUUGGAGUUUGUACCAUUUUCCUGGUGCUGAUUGGAAUCAACGCCGUGCAGUUGGAACAGAUGUACCAGGUGGAGUGGCUGACCAAGCGUCAGGUCAUUCUCUUGGCCGCCGCCCUGGAACUCGUUCCCUGCGUCCUGAUGACAACCGUGAAGGAGACCUUUAUCUUGACAGCUCUGGGUGCCCUGUGUUCUGCCAUUUGUGCAGUCGUGGUGGUGAUCUCUGCCUUCACCACCCGGCCUUCCGCUCUGCGCACGUGCCUGGAAGAUCCCAGUGGCAGCAUCCAGUGGCCCUUUGUGACGGAUCUCAAAGGACUGUCUCUGUGCUGGAACACGGUGGUGUUUUCCUUCGGUGGCAUCAACGUCUUGCCAGCUCUGCUCGUGGACUUUCAUUCGCGCGGAGUUUUGGCAAGGGCUCUGGUGAGUUUUACCUGGCGAUCCUACCUUUUUAUCAUCUUCUUCUACGUCAUUGUGGCAGUCAGCGGCUUCGCCGUGGGGGGCGAUGCCUUGGCCAGUGCAAAGGUGGAUUCCAAUGUGCUGAUUGGACUGCAGGGCUGCAAGGACAGCUCGGGAACCGUAGAUUGGAGCCUCCUCGUUGCAUUUGCCUCGAUCACCCUGCAUGUUGUGUUGGCCAUGCCGGUCCCCUUUCAUGCCUGCGCUGAAACGCUCGAGUUGAUGCUGGGAAUACGAGAGAAGACUUUGAAGUCCAGUUGUGCCUGGGGACUCUUCUGGCGGCUUCCACGGCUGCUGCUGUUGGCAAGUUGCACUGCCUUGGCAUAUCUCCUGCCCUUCUUCGGGGCACUGCUGAAUGUGGUGGCCGCCAUUGCCGGACAGGCCACCGUUUUCAUCUUACCCAUCAUCUUGAGCUGGGCCAUCCAGCGGCAGCAGAAGUACCGCAUACGCCUCUAUGAUUGGCUCCUGGGCAUCCUCUGUCUCUUCGUGGGCGUCUUGGGCGGCGUAACGGGCCUCUACUAUGGCCUCAAUGAUUUAAUUGGUGCCCUCAAAGGAUAGGGCUGCAAAAUGGUAGCUGGGUGCCAUCUUAAUCCAUUUUUACGCGUCAAGGAUCUUUGAGAUCCCGCGAAAAUGGAUGUUGACGCAUUGGAUUCGCCAGAUUUGAACUUGAGUUAUGUAUAGUUAUUUUUAUAUUGGCCAGGGGUGGACAAUUUUGAUGGCGGUCAGAAGUGAUCUUUGCUGUCACUUUACUGAUUUGGAAUUGACUUUUCCCCUUACAUACUCACUCAUCCUCAAAGGAUGAUGGGUGUAGCUUUGAGUCACACGGGAACAC